UGAGUUGUCCUGGACACAGGGCUCUCCUUGUUGUUGCCCCAGACUACAGCAUUCAGGCUAAUUUAGGGGAAAAGGACGAGAGCAGCAGUGGGAGGAGGAGGAUGAGUGGGAAGCUGAGCUAGUGGUUAGAGAGAGGAGGAAGGUGACUAAUAGUGACAGUUGCUUAGCCUACUGUAAGUUGGACUUGGAGGGAGGAGUGGCGUCACGACCAGUGAACCGGCAUAUGUAUGCAAUAGUUGGCAGAGCAAGUGAACAACUGACAGUCCCUGUCAGCCGGUGUGUGUAUUAACACAUGGAGCAGCAGCUUUCACCUGGAUACACUAUGUUGUCUUUGGGAUAGUUGGACAGUUGCUGCAUCCAGAGAUGUAGUCAGCAUCAUAAGCAGAGCAUACACCUCUUUGUCAACUCUUUUCCUCUCAAACAGAGCUUCUUCUACCUCUCGGGCUGGACUGUGGUGCAUCAACGUCGGCUCGCCCUCCCCUGCCCCCUCGCCCCCCAGCAAUGGCCAUGCGCAUCAGUAUGCGCAUGCAGCUGAUGCGAGACCAGCUGCAGCAGGAGGAGCAGCGUGAGCGGCAGCAGCAGCAGCAGCAGCAACAACAGCGGCAGAAUGCAACCCUGCAAUACAUGCAGCAUCGCAUGCCGGGGCCACCUGCACCAACCGCAGCCAUUAGCACCCCACAGCAUUACCAGAGUAUGCAGGUCCCUGUGGAGGUUCUUAAGGUACAAACGCACCUUGAGAAUCCUACAGACUACCACAUCCGUCAGUCUCGGCGGCAGCAAGUGAAAGAAUACCUGUCAACCACUUAUGCCACCAAACAGACGGUCCAUGCAGUAGCAGGGCCGGUGCCGCCUUCUCCUCCCACAAACAUGGGACCUACAGGGGGUUCAGCAUCUGCACCCCCACCUCUCCACUCCCCUCACAUGCGCACUGAGCAGCUAAUGUCCGGCAACAGUGCCCCCAACAGCCCCAUGGCCAUGCUCAACAUUGGCUCCAGCCACGAGAACGAGAUGGAUGAGGUUAUUGACGACAUCAUCAGUAUGCAGUCCAAUUAUGAUGAUAUUCAAGCAUAUAUUGACCCUGUCCAGAUGCCAAACACACUCCCCCUGUCAAGCAGUCACCUUGACGUAUAUACAGGGCCUGGGAUGAAGGGCCCAGCCAUUGCUAUGACCAGCAACUCCUGUCCUGCCAACUUGACCAUCAAGCGAGAACUGUCAGACACAGAAGCCCGUGCGCUGGCCAAAGAGAGACAGAAGAAAGACAACCACAAUCUGAUUGAAAGGAGGAGGAGGUUCAACAUUAAUGAUCGUAUCAAAGAGCUGGGCACCAUGAUCCCCAAAACCAAUGACCUUGAUGUGCGCUGGAACAAAGGAACCAUAUUGCGGGCGUCUGUAGACUACAUAAAACGCAUGCAGAAGGAUGUACAGAGGACCAGAGAGGUAGAGACCAACUUCAAAAGGAUGGAGAUGGCCAACAAACAGUUGUUGCUACGCAUUCAGGAGUUGGAGAUGCAGGCUCGUCUGCACGGUCUGCCCAGCACCUCUCCCUCUGGACUGAACCCGACUGACAUGAUGGCUUCUUACAUAAAACAAGAGACCAGCCCAGAAGAUAACCUUUCUCACCCCCAGGCACAGGUCCACCACCAGCCCCAGCACCUACACCAUAACCAGGCUCAGCCCCAGGCCCAGCAGCACCACUAUCUCCCCCAAACCCAACUCCACCCUCAGGGCCAGGCCCAGCUACAACCCCGGCAGCUGCCAAUGGCCCCACAACACCUCCAGCCCCAGCAGCCCAUCCAAUACCCAGCGGUGGGCAGCUCCCAGCCCUUUGACUUUACCCAGUCGCUGGACUUGUGCGAUGGGAUACCCGGAUUCUCAGACAACAUGUCGGGGCUGGGCGACCUGGGUGGACUGGAUGUUCAGGGGAGGAGAGGCGAGCUGAGCUUCCUGAUGAUGGAUGAGGCUUUGUCCCCUAUCGGAGGAGGAGACCCGCUGCUCUCGGCAAUGUCCCCCGAAGCCUCUGUUGACUCCAGUCGCAGAUCCAGCUUCAGCAUAGAGGACGGAGACAUAUUGUAGACACGUGUACACACAUACACUCCCUCAAAUGCAUGAGGUUGCAGUAAAAAAUGCAACACUGAAUGCAAAACAGCAUAAAAAUGCAACGGUACACUGGUAGGACACAAUAUCUGUACAGCACAUACAUAGAAAGGAAUCAUCCACCAGAGCAUUCAACAUACACAGAAUAUACAUGGUUUUGAGAAACAGCACAAAGAGACACUCAUUUGUGGUACAAUUACCUUCCCUAAUGGCACAAACAGAAGAAGGUCCCCAGCACUCACACAAAACUUGCUGUGAACAUUUGUGCAUACACACAGUUGCAUGUGAGUUAAACUGAGCAGCUUGAAACUUUCCCUGCAGACUGUGCAAGGUGUAUACCGACACUGCCAGGUCAGGACUUCUAGCACACUUGGCCUUGUUUCCAUAAAGGUGGUCCUGAAUCAUAAUUGAACAAGGGACAAAGCCAGCAGUUAAUUAGAUUGACGUUAUCAGAUACAAGGACAACCGAGCGCAUUGUCUCACUCGAUAGAGGACAAGUUAUUUGCCCCUUACAUCAACCUCUUUUAGUAACCAUAAAUGAUUGAAUGAAUGAUUGUGAAUAAAAUGGAAAUAGCUUUAUGGCUCUGCAUGCAUAAUUUAUCUCGAAGGGAUGCAGUCCAGUCACAUUGUUCUGUUCCUCAGCCUGUUAUCCACAGUUUGCUUUUUCCUAAAGCAAGGUCUGUUUCACAAAGACCCGUGUCAACCUGCUAAGCUAAAGUGUUUUCUUUAGACAUCCACAUCUUAGGAGACAUUUAAAAACUCAGAGGGUGGACUAUUUAUUGUAGGAGCCAGAUAAUCCAAAAAAAGCCCUUUACAUUUACAGUAUUGCAUUUACUUGCUUCUAGCUGAAGUGAACUAAAUGCACAUACACAUGCACACACACUGUCGUCCAUCAUUAUCUACACUUUGAAAAUUUGACACCGUCACAGUCUUCCCUCAGACACACUGUAAAUUCUGUUGACUUUGAAGAGAGGGCAGGAAUAAAAAAAAAACCUUGGAUGUUCUUCAAAAAUCAGCGUGCCAGCCAAUUCUGAGGUGUCAAAAUACUCAGGUACUGUAACAGAAUACACAAGCAGGAUCGUUUUUAAAUGGAAGCAGAUGUUGACCUGAACUCUGUCAGGGCUCUAACCCCUAUCUGUGUGUGCCUUUUGAGUUUUGCAGCUCUGCUCCUCUUCAAAGGCAUGUCUUUAUAGGUUGGGGGUCAUGGGUUUAGAUUUAAUAUUACAUUCAAUUACGCCUGUAAAUGCUUUAGAGUUUGCUUCUCUUUCAACCAUACCUUUGUUAGUCCGGGAGAUAGACAGUUAAUUUGUUCUCACACUAAGUGACAUUGAAGGGUUUGUACUAGAGGUGAAGGAAAGACAGGGUGACAGGGUUUGAUACUGGCCAAAAGAAAGACACACGAUGCUCUGGCUAACAGCCGCCGUUGUUUUCACUGUAAGAGCACAGCAUUAGAAAACACUUGCAUGCAUUCACACUCCGUUCAUAAACAGACACGCACUGAACACUUAUUACACAUUGUAGCCCUCACACAUGUACAUAAGGUGCAGUUUGUCUUGAGGCUGUUUUCAAAUCAGCACGUUAACAGCUUCAGCCUCUUUGCUCAUGAGUCGAGUGAAGCUACCAGGCGCAGAGGUAAAGCUCUGGUCUGCUGUUCCAACCGUCACCUAAAUUUAAUUCUUCACUCCUUUCGUCACAGUGAUGGUAAGAGCAGGUUGUGUUAGACCUGCGCUGCAUCUCCGCUCUGGUAGACCUCAGACUUGGCUUUGAUUUGAUAUAGCUUAUGAUCAGAGCUGAUGAAGGUAGAAGAAAACUUUGAUGGUGAUUUUUUGAUUAAAAAGAAGAGUUUGUUUUCUUCAUUAUACGGUUUGUUGUUUAUUUUAUCUCCAAAAGCACUGGAAACUAUAUUAUUGUUUUGACUUUGUACAUGGAGGAAUUAUGGAAUAAGAUUUGUUUCAGAUGUUUUGUGCCACAAAGCCACUUAAAUGUUUUUAUUCGUAUUUGUUGUUUUAGUUCUGUUUCAAUUAUAUUCCAAAACGACCCUUUCUUCUCAGAGCCAUUUUCAGGAAGUACACUAUGAAGGCAUUUAUAAGCCAUUAUUGUUUCACCGGAGGAGUGGGAAACCACUUCUGAACUUCCAGAUUUCAACUGAUUUUAGAGAGAUUAAAGGAUUAUGUACAUUUAUGAUGCCAUUUUUAUAUGAUUGGGAUUUUAUUUUUCUCUCUGUUGUAACUCUGUUGGAACCAGACAUCGAUUCUAUGAUUUGACUGAAAUCAAAUUUCUCAUUUAAUGAAUGUAAGGUUUACCAGUGGCUCUGGUCAGACUGAAGUACUUUUUUUUUUUUUUUUUUUUUUUUUUUUACCCUGCUUGCCUCCUUCCUUCCCUGACUUUGGUUUCCAUGGAGACUGGAAGACAACUGACUUCACAUAAACUCUGAGCCAGGGAUUUGUGAUUGUCUAGGUAUUGUACCACUGACUUUGCGCUUGUCGUUGUCCAGAGUUGUGCCUUUUUCUCUGUCAGCCACAGUUUGUACUGUCACCCAGCCAACACUCCAAAGAGCUUCUCAGGCCUCCUCUGUUCUUCCACUAGAGGGCGCUCUGCAGAGCAAACCACACAGGGAAAAGUGGUUCUGAUUUUCCUGAGGAUAUAAAAUGUUUUACCAGAAUCCA